AUGGAACAUAAUGAAAAUAGUUCGAUGAAAAAUAUGGAUAAUGUUCAACAGUGUGCCAGCACAAAUAAUGGCAGCAUAACAGUCAGCCAUGAAUGCAGAGACACAGUCACACAACCAGAAAUAAUUUGUAAGAAGUCGGAGGGAGCUUGUCCCAGCACUCCAACUGGUAAUGGAAGUAGUGGCCACAAAAUGGGUUCCAGGCGUAUAUUCACGCCACAAUUCAAACUGCAGGUUCUAGAAUCAUAUCGCAAUGACAAUGACUGCAAGGGCAACCAACGCGCAACGGCAAGAAAAUACAACAUUCACAGAAGACAAAUUCAGAAAUGGUUACAAUGCGAAUCUAGUCUACGCUCGUCCGUGGCCAAUAUCAACCAGAACACCGUGAAACAUCAGUUUCACAAUAUCAGCAUUCACCAACACCAACAACAUGGUCAAAAAUCGGGCAUUCCUGGAGCCUCAAUUCCGUUGAUGAACCAAUACGGAACCAACAACAAUCACCAACAUAGCCAUUUGGGACUAGAGGCGACACGAACGGAAGCCCAACAUAGUACUAUAAUUGUGCCAUCAUUGUCAUCUGGAGUUACAACAUCGACCACACAAACACAGGGUGUAUUUUCCGCUGCCAAUUUGGCUGCAGUUGUUGCAGCUGCUGCCGGAGCUGCUAUGACUAUUACAAGCCCACCAUCAUCGUCAGCCAAUGGAUCUUCAGUUUCAAGUGAAUCCGUUUCGUCAUCGCCUUUACGCCCCCCUCGUGUAAUCGGUGCCAGUGGGAGCGCUGCAGCGACAAUGUCACCCCUACUCCACCACCAUCAUCAUUACGGUAUCCCACCAUACAUACACCAUACACCUGCAACUGUUCAACUGCCAGUACCGAUAUUAGCACACCACAUUUCUCAUCCACCACAUAUACAUCAACAAGCCCAUCAACAUCGAGCAUAUCAAUACCAUAACCUGGCGUAUACACAAUCACUAACACACCAGCCGUCAGACAAGCAGCAGCCGCAGUCAUCGUUUUUGUCGUCAAUAAGUCAACCCGAUGUUAAUGCCUCAGCUGCCCCUAUCGUCACCGGUAAUGGUUUCUCUGCAGCACUGGGAGAGCACGAGCAAAAAGAAUCUAGAGAUACACAACACACAAGCACUAAAUCGAAUCCCGAGAAUUCUGAGAUGGGUCAAAAUGGUGCGGAACAAAGCUCUGGAACCAAAAUAUCGCCAUAUACAGGUAUCGAAUUCGGCGCUAUUAACAAUCUUCAUCAUCUGUAUAAAUUCAGAGAGGGUGGAUACCAAAUGAUGUAUCCAUUAGGACCUAUGGAUUUGUCGCUACGACCACGAAGAGACUUAAAAACUGAUUUACCUCCGAUUUCGAAUGUUCUAGAAAAUGACGCGAAUAUUGUCGACUUGACCCACCGAAAGCGAAAAGUCUCAUCGACGGCAACUAAUACCGUUGACGAUGGGCCAUCCGGCUUGUCCGAAGAAAAACAUCCUAAACUUAAAAAUUCAACAGAGGAUGAAAACAAAACUUCUUCGAACUCUAUAAGCGACGACGAAGUCGAUAUCGAAGUAGGAACAGAGGAAAAACUUCCUCCAUCUAAACCAGUUAAACUCUUUAAGCCUUAUUUGCUCGAUGUAGAUGCGGAUUCGGAAAGUAGUACUACCGCUCCUCUUACUAGUGGAAGUGAUACUACCAGGUAUACUGAAUCAAGUGAUGCUAGUCCCUGGAUACGGUAUACAUCAAGUAUUUCGCCGCCCCCACAUUGCUAUGACACAUCUAUGGCCCACGUUCAUAGUGCUACAUUUCAGUACUCCGCUGUGAAAGAAAAUUUUACCAUAAUUUCGCCUUCAAUUGAAAAUUCGAAUUUUCCUGGCGAACUUAAAUGCGACGAAGCGAAAAGUGCAUUCACCUCCAUUCCCACUAUCUCCCCCACAUCCUUCCGCAGCCCAAAAGGAUCGCCCUCUUCGUCAGGCUACGAAAGUUCUUCAUCCACCUACAGCGAUUCUUCAUUUUCUUCCCGUGCCGAAUCGUACGCCUACAACCGAACCUAUUCCCUUAGCCUGCAGAUGCAUCCAAUACACCACGACCAAUUGAAUUUACAUCGGUCCAAACAUGUGGAGAGAUGGUUGGAACAAGAGUCUCGCAAUUCAUCGGAGCCCAAUUCCCCCAUAGCAAUUUUGGCUUAA